UGCAAUUUCUCUCUUCAAUAUGUAUGUAUAUAUUUUUUUGGGCUUUUGAUGAAUGCCGUGGAUGAGUUGCUCAAAGCUCUGAGAUAUGAUGGUUCUGCUGUGGUUUUAUCACUUUUAAAGAUUACCCAUUCUGUAAGUAUGAAGUUUUAUGAUGAACAUGCACUGGGCUCUGAGCAGUUCUUGUAAACUGCAAUAUUGAGGCACAUGUAGCCUAGAAAGCUUUAUCUGACCCAUGUUUCAUUUCAAAAAUUAUAAUUAGUUGCAUGUUGAAAAUAUAGUGUUGUGACUCUUAUUUUGGGUACAUAUGGGGUAGUUGUGUUAAAUCAUGAAGUAAAUGCUGCAUUUUUCUUUUGUGAGUGAAAUUGCUAUGUUUAUUAUGCAUACGUGAUGUGUUUAGUGGAAUAGCUUUAGCACAGCAUACCCAUUUGUGUUAUAAUAGGCUUCAAUUACUGCAAUUGCUCUUGUUAUGUUCGUGAUGGAUAUGGAAUUAAUCUUCCGUGAGUCGUGUCCAUUAUCUCCAACUUUUGCAGCAUAGGAAUUGACCAAUGAUGGAAAAGUCAUUGCAUGAGCAGUGACAAUGUUACUUGUUUUGAGCUUUUACAUCAUCCUAGUUAUCAUCCUCUUCUUCUUCAGUACUACUAUUGUCAUCUUUUCUCUCUUCUUCAUUUCCUUAGUAAUUUCUAUUCAUUCAAACAUUCACAGCUAAUGGUGUGUAAAACCUCAUAAUGGAUAACAGAUGUCUAUGCUGCAAAUGACCAACUGAAACUAUGAGAUCUGAGGGCUUUUCUUUGGAGAUCCUCUCGAAUAUGUUAUCUAUGAUACUGUUUCAUUUUAAUGUAGGAUGAGCUCAUGAUAAAAAAUUGUUCUUUCCUUAAUAUGCUAUCUAUGGUCUUGUUUUGUUGGUGUGUUUAAGUAAUUGGAAGUUUUGAUUUAUGGUCUUAUUUUGAUUUAAGUAAUAUGCUAUCUAUGGUCUUGUUUUGUUGUUCUUUCCUUGAUAUGCUAUCUAUGGUCUUUGGAGAUCCUCAUGAACACAUUAUCUAUGAUACUGUUUGAUUUUAUUGUAGGAUGAGCUCAUGAUAAAAAAUUGUUCUUUC